UACUGGACGUCGGUUCCAGCCACUGUUGACGGUGUUCUUGGUGGGUACGGUGAGCAGACGUCUGUGCCAAAGGCAGAUGUGGUUGGGUCUCUAACCCUCGUACGCAAGUUGAGGACCCGGAUGGUGCCACCUGAGGGCUACACGAAGUACUCUGUCGACAUAGGUGCCGGUAUUGGGCGUGUGACUCGUGAUUUCCUCCAUAAGGUUAGUGACAAAAUCGACCUCGUUGAACCCGUCAAGCCAUUUGUUCAGCAGAUGCAGACUGAGCUGAAACCUCUGAUUGAGCAAGGUAAGAUUGGUACGAUAUACGAUGUUGGAAUGCAGGAUUGGGAGCCUGAGCGUGGUAAAUACUGGUUAGUCUGGUGCCAGUGGUGUGUGGGACACCUGCCAGACGACGAAUUCGUCAAGUUCCUCAUAAGGUGUAAAGAGUCGCUGCAGCCAAACGGAACCAUAGUCGUCAAGGAGAACAACUCACUUGGUGAGGACGUGUUUGAUGAGACUGACAGUUCUGUGACGAGAUCAAACGAGUCGUUCCAGAAGUUGUUCAAAAUGGCGGGCUUAAAGUUGAUCGCUGUGGAACUACAAAAGGGUCUACCAAAGGAGCUGUUUAAAGUGAGAAUGUAUGCAUUAAAGGGUGAAUAG